AUGAUCUUCAUCAGAGUCCCCCGUAUUGCUUUCGUCGGUUUCAUCUCCAUCCAGCUUUUCACGAUGAUGGGCGGCUUGUUCCCCCUCGAGGUCCCCACUGACCGUCCCACAGUUGAUGUUAUCCCAUGGUACGCCAAUCAAUGUCUGUCUUUUGCCUAUUAG